GUUCCGGUUCCGGUCCCGGCCCGGUGGCGGCGGCGCGCGCGGCGGUGUCCGCCCGCCAUGCGAUGUCCGCGCUCAACUGGAAACCCUUCGUGUAUGGCGGGCUCGCCUCCAUCGUGGCCGAGUUCGGCACGUUCCCCGUGGACCUCACCAAGACGCGGCUGCAGGUGCAGGGUCAGAGCACCGACGCGCGGUUCCGCGAGGUGCGGUACCGGGGCAUGUUCCACGCGCUCUUCCGCAUCUGCCGCGAGGAGGGCGGACGGGCCCUGUACUCGGGGAUCGCCCCGGCACUGCUGAGACAGGCGUCUUAUGGCACCAUCAAGAUCGGCAUCUACCAGAGCCUGAAGCGGCUCUUUGUGGAUCGCAUGGAAGAUGAAACGUUGCUCAUCAAUGUGAUCUGUGGGGUGGUCUCGGGGGUCAUCUCUUCUGCACUGGCCAAUCCCACAGAUGUGCUGAAGAUCCGAAUGCAGGCUCAGGGCAGCUUGUUCCAGGGCGGGAUGAUUGGCAGCUUCAUUGACAUCUACCAGCAGGAAGGUACCCGAGGCCUCUGGAGGGGUGUUGUCCCCACGGCCCAGCGAGCGGCCAUCGUGGUGGGGGUGGAGCUGCCAGUCUACGACAUCACCAAGAAGCAUCUGAUCCUGUCGGGCCUCAUGGGGGACACCAUCUUUGCCCACUUCGUUUCCAGCUUCACGUGCGGGCUGGCGGGAGCCAUCGCCUCCAACCCCGUGGACGUGGUGCGGACGCGGAUGAUGAACCAGCGCGCCAUCGUGGGCAGCACCGAGCUCUACAAGGGCACCCUGGAUGGCCUUGUCAAGACAUGGAAGAGUGAGGGCUUCUUUGCACUCUACAAAGGCUUCUGGCCCAACUGGCUUCGUCUGGGUCCCUGGAACAUCAUCUUUUUUAUCACAUACGAGCAGCUGAAGCGCCUCCCCUUCUGAGAGCUGCCUUCAUCUUACCAGAGUCAUCCUUAGGGCUGGCAGCAGAGCUGUGCUGCCGCCUCCCUCUUCAUCCCACUGUCCCCAUGUUGUGGUGUUUGGUCCCUGUGGGCUGGGCUCUCCCCACAUGCAUGGUCCCUGGAGCACGAGCUGCCUGGCGCAGGCGGGAGCCACGUGUUUCCCACCCGGAGGUGUUGUGUGCCUGGGCCUGCAGGAAUAUCUUCUGUGAAGAUCUGUGUGUUGCAGUGGCCUUUGGGGCACUGGGGCUCGUGGCUGGCAGGUGUGGGUCUCCUCCCGUGCCCGUGGGGCAGGGCCUGUGAAGGUGCCAUUGUCAUCAUGUUUCUUGCAGAACUUGUAACUCCAUUAAAUUAUUUAUUGACUGGAUGGCU